AUGAAUGGUUAUCCAAAUGGCAAGGGAAAGGAGAAGGAUAGAUAUUUACCCGCGAAGAGAAAGGGAGAAGAAUCGGGGAAAUGGCUAGAUGUGGUGGCAUACGGAACUUUCAGCGCCCUGCUAGCCUUGACUUUGAAAUAUGCCAUCUCAGGUCAAUACUGGAAUCUGAAUUUCUUCUUGCUGGCGGUCCAGUCGGGGUGUGCCAUAGCAGCAAUCUUUCUUUUGAAAAGGGGCGGAUAUCUGAAGGAAAUGAUGGGCUUGGAGCUACAAAAGGCAAAGACUUUAAUUUUGGAAAACGCGCAUGCAGAAGCAAGCUAUGGGGAUAGACGGCUCGAACAAACCUUGGAACCUCAAGAUCCAGUCAGGAUAUUAUUUUUUGGAUACAUUUUAAUGGUCGUUCAUCUUCUAUUAUACAGCACAUACGAAGCGUGGAAGGCAAAGAUUGUGCCAAAUCUUAAGUUUGGUCAAUGGGAUAGUAUGGCUUUCCUUCCAAAACUCUGCGGACGGCUCGCUAACAAGUCUUAG